CAUCCCUCAGAACAGUACGUAUCGGUCAGUCUCGAAACUACUCCCUAUCUUCGCCAAUCGCCACACCACGAAAGCCAAGCCUGCCAGCACGAGAAGAUCCGGGAACAAAACUCCACUUUGCAAAAUCCGCCGCAUCUCCGCCGAUUCAUCCACCACUGAUGAUGCCCACGAAAGUCGCAAAAUCUCUUUAAGCCAUCAUGAAUCCCGACUGACCUAGUCGAAGGCACGGUCAAAGAAGAAGCACAGAGGAAAGGUAUGGAGGAUAUAGCUUCUCCGGAGCCGCUUCUGCGGCGAUCGCUGGCAUCCCGUCAGAACCGUGUUGCAGCGUUUUUGGGUCGUGCGGCGGGGCGGCGUGGGCCGCCGGCGUUGGUGCGAGAAACCGCAGCGCGGCAGCUGGACGAGCGGCGCGCCGAUUGGGCCUAUUCCCGGCCGGUGGUCGCCGUGGACAUAGCGUGGAAUCUCUCCUUUGCCGUUGUCUCCGCUUCCGUCAUCGCAGCUUCAACAUGCGAGCGGCCAAAUGUACCCGUGAGGGUUUGGAUCGCAGUUUAUGCUCUUCAGUGCGUCUUACACGUUGCUCUGGUCUGGUCCGAGUACAGGCGUCGCCGCGGGGACGAGGGGCGGGUUAUUGGCGACGAGGAGAGCAGCGGUGAACCGACUGCGUUGGAUUUCGGUUCAGUGGAUAGUGGGGAGGAGAGCGAUGAUAGCGGAUCAGGUCGCCGGAGCCAGCGGGCUAGUUAUGCCAAACGAUGUGAAUCGGUUAAUACCAUGGCAUCCUUUCUUUGGUGGAUUGUUGGAUUUUACUGGAUUAUAUCAGGUGGUGAAGCUCUUGUGCAGAAUGCUCCUAAACUCUAUUGGUUGGCUGUAGUGUUUCUAGCUUUUGAUGUAUGUUUUGCAAUAUUUUGUGUUGCUUUGGCCUUUGUGAUUGGCAUUGCACUCUGCUGCUGUUUACCUUGCAUUAUCGCAAUACUAUACGCAAUUGCAGGCCAGGAAGGGGCAUCGGAUGCUGAUAUUAACCUUCUACCAAGAUACAGAUACGCUGCAUCCAAUGAUAACAGGGAAAAUAAAGGAGAUGUGGGAAUAAUGAGUCCAAUUACGAAUGGCAGCGAAAACUUUCCAGAACGUGUUAUUUUGCGUGAAUAUGCGGAAUGUUGCAUUUGUCUGAGUUCCUAUGAAGAUGGAAAUGAGCUGCAUGCUCUUCCCUGCAAUCACCACUUCCACUCUGCAUGCAUUACGAAAUGGCUCAAAAUCAAUGCGACCUGCCCAUUGUGCAAAUACAACAUUCUCAAGAGCAAUGAUUGCGUGUGAAAGCACAUUAAGAUUUUGUUUGGGAUAGCUUUCUCAUCGCUUUAUGAAGUAAUCUUUUAGUACAAAAUUUUUUUGAAUUUGAAAAUUUUGUGUUAGAAAAGUGCUUCAUAGAGCAAUAAAAAAGUUGUCCCAAACAAAAUCUUCCUUCUACUAGUACUUGGUUGUGUAUAUGUGGUUGAAUGAUCGUCGACAUAGCUGCCCCAGGUAAUAUUAAAGUUAGUCCUCUUUGCUCCGAGUGUGAAAUUAUAAUUGAUCACAUUUUUUAUUAUUAAUGUAUGGCAAAGCUAGUGUUGUAGCCUUCAAUGUCA